CGCCGCCCUUCGGCCUCGGGGGCAGUCUGAGCUCCGGCGUCUUUCAGGCAGGCGCCGGGCUGAGGCGGGAACGCCGCCGUUUUGUUGAGCGUGACUUGUAAUUUUCUGUGAGGAGCUGUGGAGUGUGCCGCCUCGAAGCGCUAACCUUUUACUACCACAAGAGGUCAUCCACACUGAAGGAGCACUGAUUGUGAGAGGACAAAAGACCAUUAAACGGAGGCUCUCUGGAGAAAGCAGUCCCCAUAUGUGUAUCUACAAAAUGACUGAUAAUUUGGAUGAAUUUAUUGAAGAGCGAAAAGCCAAAUUGGCCAAAGACAAAGCAGAAUUGGAAAGUGACCCACCUUACAUGGAAAUGAAGGGAGAGCCAUCAGAGAAGCUUUCUGAAAACACUAAAAUAUUAAUCUCCAUGGCUAAGGAAAACAUACCACCAAACAGUCAACAGACCAGGGGUUCCUUAGGAAUUGAUUAUGGAUUAAGUUUACCACUUGGGGAAGACUAUGAACGAAAGAAACAUAAACUAAAAGAAGAAUUGCGGCAAGAUUACAGAUGCUAUCUUACUCAGAAAAAUUUUCUAUCCACGAGUGAAACAGAUCCAUCUACUCUGGGAGUUUCUCUUCCUAUUGAUGAGAGGUUGUCGGCCAAGGAAAGGUUGAAACUUGAACGCAACAAAGAAUACAAUCAAUUUCUCAGGGGUAAAGAAGAAUCCACUGAAAAGUUCAGACAGGUAGAAAAGAGUACUGAGCGCAAGAGUCAGAGAAAUAAAAAACCUAUCAGUCAGGUUAAGCCUGAUUUACCUUCACAAAUACAAACAUCUUGGGAAAAUUCAGAGGGUCCUAGGAGAGAUGUCUUAACUCCUUCAGAGGCAUACGAAGAGCUUCUAAACCAAAGGCGACUAGAGGAGGACAGAUAUCGACAACUAGAUGAUGAAAUUGAAUUAAGGAAUAGAAGAAUCACUCAAAAAACUAAUGAAGAAGUGGGCAUUUCCAAUAAAAAACAUCAGAGGUUUGCCAGCAAGGCUGACAUCCCGGAUAGAAGAUUUCGCAGGUUUAAUGAGGAUCGUGUUUUUGAUAGACAGUAUUAUAGACCAGACCAAGAUCCUGAACGAAGUGAAGAAAUGGAUGAGAGGUUUAGAUAUGAAAGUGAUUUUGAUAGAAGACUUUUGAGAGUGUAUACAAAUGACAGGAUGUACAGGAACAGACGAGGGAAUGUGUCUCCUAUGGAGUGUGGUGGUGAUGUCACAGAACAGUCAAACAUAUGGAUUUCAUCUACUGGAAAUAAAAGUGCUCGAGACAAUGAGCCAUCCAAAUCUACCCGAGAGAUCUGUAGUCCUUUUGCGGGGAUGCUCUUUGGAGGUGAAGAUCGAGAACUUAUUCAGAGAAAGAAAGAGAAAUAUAGACUAGAACUAUUGGAACAAAUGGCUGAACAACAGAAGAACAAGAGACGAGAAAAAGAUUUGGAACUCAGAGUUGCAGCUUCUGGAGCACAAGAUCCUGAGAAAUCACCUGAUAGACUAAAGCAGUUUAGUGUGGCACCAAGACACUUUGAAGAGGCGAUACCACCCGAAAGACCCAGAGUAGCUUUCCAGACACCUCUCCCUCCUUUAUCUUCCCCGUCUGUCCCACCCAUGCCAUCAGUUCACUCCAUCCCAUCUCAAAAUGAAGAUUUGCACAGUGGACUCAGCAGCACCCUUGGUGAAAUGGUGCCUCCCAGGAUUGCGCCUCUGCCUCCACCUCCCGUACUACCACCUUUGGCUACUAACUUUCGAACUCCUUAUGAUGAUGCAUACUAUUUUUAUGGUGCCAGGAAUACUUUGGAUCCCAGUCUUGCUUAUUAUGGUUCAGGAAUGAUGGGAGUACAGCCUGCAACUUAUGUUAGUGCUCCUGUCACCCACCAGCCAGCACAACCUAUUAUGAAUACAGUUAGACAGAAUGAACUGAAAAUUACAAGUGAUCGAGCAAUAAAUUCAGGAUUGUUUUUUGAAGAUAAACCAAAGCCUUCAAAACAGUCACUUCAGUCUUACCAAGAAGCUUUGCAGAAGCAGAUUCGGGAAAGAGAAGAAAGAAGGAAGAAAGAACGUGAAGAAAAAGAAGAAUACGAAGCUAAAUUAGAAGCUGAAAUGAGAAGUUAUAACCCCUGGGGGAAAGGUGGAGGUGGUGCUCCUCUCAGGGAUGCAAAAGGAAAUCUGAUAACUGAUUUGAAUAGGAUGCACAGACAAAAUAUAGAUGCCUACCAUAACCCAGAUGCAAGAACAUAUGAAGAUAAAAGGGCUGUUGUAUCUCUAGACCAAAAUUUAGCCACUUCAAAUGCUGAGAACCUAGAAGACUCUGCAAAUAAAAACUCAGGUCAUAUGCCAACACAGAGCUCUCCUUUUGCUCGGGGAAAUAUAUUUGGUGAGCCUCUAACUGAACUUCAGAUUAAACAACAAGAAUUAUACAAGAAUUUUCUUCGUUUUCAGAUUGAGGAAAAGAAACAGAGAGAGGAAGCAGAGCGAGAGAGACUGAGAAUUGCAGAAGAAAAAGAAGAAAAACGGCUUGCAGAACAGAGGGCACGAAUUCAGCAAGAGUAUGAAGAGGAACAGGAAAAGAAAAGAGAGAAGGAGGAGGAGCAAAGGCUAAAAAAUGAAGAGCUUAUUCGGUUAGCUGAAGAAAGACGAAAAGAAGCAGAAAGAAAGAAGAAAGAAGAAGAAGAAAAACAUAACCUACAACUUCAACACUACUAUGAAAGAGAAAACAUAAUUGGGGAAGAAACAAAGCACUUGAGACAGCCUUCUCCUGUAGUUCCUGCUCUUCAGAACAAAAUUGCAAGCAAACUCCAGAGACCUCCUUCGGUUGACAGCAUUAUAAGUUCCUUCAUUCAAGAAAGUUCCGUGUCCAGGGCACAGUCUCCUCCGGUACCUGCCAGGAAAAAUCAGCUCCGUGCAGAAGAGGAGAAAAAAAAUGUAAUUAUGGAAUUAUCAGAAAUGAGAAAACAGCUUCGUAGUGAAGAGCGGCGUCUACAAGGGCGGUUGCUCCACAUGGAUGGUGAUGAUGAAAUUCAUAUAAGGAAAAGAGAAAGGAAUCCCAUGGAUAUAUUUGACAUGGCUAGACAUCGGUUGCAAGCUCCUGUCAGAAGACAGUCACCUAAGGGCUUAGACCCUACUACUUUUCAGAAUAUUCAUGACUUUAAUGAGCUGAAAGAUAGAGAUUCAGAAACACGAGUUGAUCUGAAAUUUAUGUACCCGGACCCUCCAAGAGAUCGUCACACCUUAGAGAUUCAGCAGCAAGCCCUGCUGAGAGAGCAGCAGAAGAGACUGAAUAGAAUAAAAAUGCAGGAAGGUGCUGAAGUUGACUUGGAUGCCAUGCCAAGUGCUAAAGUGCGAGACUACAGAAUGCCUAGAGAUGACACUAAUGAUUUCUUGAAAAAUUCAUUAUUGGAAUCUGAUAGUGCUUUUAUUGGUGCUUAUGGUGAGACGUAUCCUGCGAUCGAAGAUGAUGCCCUCCCUCCACCAUCACAGCUGCCCUCUGCAAGGGAGCGCAGGAGGAACAAAUUGAAAGGAGUGGACUUUGAUAAAAGUCAUCCUAAUGUACCACCAGAUGGUCUCUCUUUAAAAUCUGUAUCCAGUUUAAAUAUCGAUCAUCUUAGAAUGAGAAAUGAGGAACGAAUGCGAAGAUUGAAUGAACUUCAGAAUAAACCUAUCAAUACAGAUGACGAAAGUUCAUUGGUUGACCCUGAUGACAUCAUGAGGCACGUGGGUGAUGAUGGAACAAACUCUGUAGCAACUGAGCCCUGGCUCCGCCCGGGCACCUCAGAAACACUGAAACGAUUCAUGGCAGAGCAACUGAACCAGGAGCAGCAGGAGGUUCCUGGAAAACCAGGCACUUUCAAUUGGCAGGGCCUGUCUACUGCACACGGUUAAAAUAAAUCUGUAUUGGACUCAGCAGUGCCUUUUAAGGUGAAAGAAAUGUUAAAUCUGAACCUUUAAUAAUAUGUGCUACUUUUGGCUCCUAACCUGGAAGUUACUUAUGUUCCAUCUGUAUAUAAGGUAUAUUUUUUCCAUGAUGAUGUAUAUGAUGUACAUAAAUAAAAGGCCAUGAUUAUUAAUUUCUAUAAUGUAGAAUUAUAUAGAAUUAUUUUUUGUACAAUUUUGCUAUAAAUUAGGGUGGCAGUGAACUCUUGGAAUCAACUACCAUAUGUGCAUUAAUUUAAAUUCUGCUUGUCAGUAAGAUAAGGUGAAUAAAACACAAGUGUCUUAACAGUACUGUAAAACCAGAAUACCCCUUGUUACAUGUACAUUUGCCAUUGUUAAUGCUAAUCAAAAUAAUUCAUUUAGUAAAUACAUUGGGACUAUUCCAGUUGCUAUGUAAUGAGAGAAUCAAAUGUGCUAGGCAUUUCCAUGUCAUUUAUAGCUACUGAGUCAUAUGGAGUCAUAUGACGCCAUCAUAAAUGAUGGGAGUCAUAAUUGAUUUUAUUCCCACGAGCCUUGCACUAAAUGUUACACCUUUCUGCCUCUAUUUUUGUGCCAAUGAAGGCAUUAAGAUUACUAAUUUAUAUGAUUUAACUACUUCUUGAUAGAAAUAAAUUAUUUUUAUUACCAAUGUUGAUUUCUUAUUUUAACUGGAAUUGAGGUUUCUAGACACAGUGUUUGUUUUAGAAGUUGAAGAGGCAGGAACACCCAGGGGUGAAGGACAGAGACUGGAAUCCGUGCUGCACCACCCCGGACCCCUGCAUAAGUGGGCCGUCUUUCUAGUCAAUCAAUCAAUCAAUCACUCCAAGAGGUAUCUUCAGAAAAGGAAAGAUGAAUUCAAAUUCUGGGAAAUAAUUCUUAAGAGUCUUUCUUUAGCACCACAACAGCUGAGAGCACCCCCAGUGUUCCACUGACAUAAUUAAUGGCAGACAAGACCAGAUAAGUUUAUCUCAAAUGUGAAAUUUCUCUGCUAUUUUCAAUUUUAGCUGCAUGUAAAUUUUUUUAUAUACAAUUUUG